AUCCAGUGCCCAGUUAUAAAUCGACCUCUUGCGAAGACGGUUCGCUUCGGUAAAAGAGUGAAAAGAAUAGAAUGCAGAACGACAAGUUUGGAGGCCCGCAGCAGGUGGUUUUCACAGCACCACCCCAGCAGCCAGGAUACCCACAACCAGGAUACCCACAGCCAGGAUAUCCAGCCCAGAACUAUGGACAACCACAGAUGACUCCUGCACACACAUAUGGAGGACCUCCUCCGCCACCAGCGCAGCCUCCGCGGGAUCCUCCCACUCGAGUGGAGCCUCCUCGCGGAGGAUGUUGCUCUUACAACCAAAAGAACAAGCCUCAGGCGAAUGCCAUAGGCUCAGCUGGUCUAAUCUUCAUCUCCGGAGGCAUGAACAUAGCGUGGGCAAUUGGCUUCCGAGGACCCAUCGGCUAUCUUACGUCUAAGCACAACUUUAUAGCCUGGUUCAUUGGCGCCAUCAUUGGAGCUCUUGUGACCUGCGGGCUGACCAACAAGGUGCCCAAGAAGAUGGUUCUGCAAUUCGCUUCGGUUCUGGUCACAAUCGGUGGAUUGGUGAUCGCCUGCACCCACCAGAAUGGAAGUGGAACCGUAGCUGCCUGCUACUUGGACGGUAUAGCCAACGGCCUGGUGUUUGCUCCAUUCAUGGCUCUGGCCGCCGAAGUUUCGGUGGCCUAUAAGCGUGGCAUUAAUGCCACCAGCACGGAGCAGCUCUGCUAUGGCAUUGGCAUUCUACUGCAGAUCGUCUAUAGCACUUCCUGGAGUUACGGCUAUUACACUACGUACAACGACUUCACGGCCGAGAACAUGAAGGGAGUGCUGAGCACCAUCUACGGAUUCCUUGCCCUGCUUUUGGGCACCUUUAUGACCAUUGAGUCACCGGUGCUAAUGUUGGCCAACAACGACGAGUCGGGGGCCAUCGAUGCCCUGCGGCGCCUGCAGAAGCCGGCCGUGUUGACGGAUGAGACCUACGAACAGCUGGCGGAGCACAAGCGCUAUCUGGCGGAGAACAAGAGUAUGACUCUGAAGGAGAGCAUUGGUCAAGCGAUGCCCACGUUCCUGAGACUCGCCUAUCUGCGAGCCCUCAACGCCAUGAGCCUCUCCUCCUUCGUGAUAAUCACGCUGAUGCUCUCCAUCUACCUCAGCUAUGGACUGAGCAGCGCCCAGGGCUUCUACAUUGCCUUUGCCUUCUGCCGCUGGCUGGGCACCCUGAUCUCUGCCUUCACCGCCGACUGCCUGGGCAGGAAGAAGCCCAUGGUGGUGGGCCUGCUCGUUGCUGCCUGCCUUUCCUUUGGCAUUGGAGGGCGGUACGGUUUUGGUAAUUACAUGAGUGGAGUGACCAUCCUCAUUCUGUUCUUUGCCUUCUUCUCGGGCAUCGCCUUCACGCCCAGCUCCGCGUACAUUGCGGAGGCCUAUCCUUUGGGUGUCAAGCAGCACUUUAUCUCCUUCACCUUUAUCGUGGAGAUGUUCGUCUUCCUCAUCAUCCAGGUGUGCGACUACAACCUGAUGCAGGGAUACAACUACUUCUACAUUAUGGGUGGCAUGUACAUUGGUGGCUUUAUCCUGGGCUGCGUUUCCUUCCCGGAAACCCGAAUGAUGACCAUGCGGGGAGCCCAGGAGCAGUUCAGUCGAUUCAUUAAUAUGCGCUUUUAAUUGAGGGAAAAUGUGAAAAUUGUAUCUACGGAAAUUAAAGGUACUUCAGCUUAUCCCUAAAUAAGCCAAAAGAAGUAUUGAUGGAGGAAAAUAUUGACAACAAUUGUGUGUAUUAAAGUAUUUAUAACUUAUAAAUAAAUGCGAAACAAAUUUAAAAUAAAAUGUGUUUAAAAAGCUUUCAAAUAACAAACAAAAA